GCCUGUUUGGCGGGAAGUUGGGUUAGCUGGCCUACCUGUGGCUUAGCGGGUUCUCUGGUCCCCGCCUUGUUUCUCCCCAGAAGCUUCUCAAUCUUUCCUCGGUGAUCUCGGCAUAAGGCAUAGUACCCCUUCGCACGGAGGACGCCAUGGCUCCCAGGAAACGCCCAGAAACCCAGAAGACCCCCGAGGUGGUUGUGCGCCCCAAGAGCAAGAGGAACAGAAGCCCCCGGGAGCUGGACCCCGAGGCCAAGAAGCUCUGUUUGAAGGGCCCCGGUCCUAGCAGAAGAUUUGACUCAGGCUGCCUUUGGGCGGGGUUGGCUAGCCUGCGGGUCCCGCCACCAUGCAGCAUCGUCAGGGCCCUCCACCAGCAUAAGCUGGGCACAGCUGCCUGGCCAUCACUACAGCAGGGUCUCCAGCAGUCCUUUUUGAACUCUCUGGCUUCUUACCGGAUAUUCCAAAAGGCUGCCCCUUUUGACAGGAGGGCCACAUCCCUGGCGUGGCACCCAACUCACCCCAGCACCCUGGCUGUGGGUUCCAAAGGGGGAGAUAUCUUGCUCUGGAACUUUGGCAUAAAGGACAAACCCACCUUCAUUAAAGGGAUUGGAGCUGGAGGGAGCAUCACUGGGCUGAAGUUUAACCCUCUCAAUACCAACCAGUUUUUCACCUCCUCAAUGGAGGGAACAACUAGGCUGCAAGACUUUAAAGGCAACACUCUCCGAGUUUUUACCAGCUCAGGCACCUGCAACGUCUGGUUUUGCAGCCUGGAUGUGUCUGUCAAAAGCCGAGUGGUGGUCACAGGAGAUAACGUGGGUAACGUGAUCCUGCUGAACAUGGACGGCAGGGAGCUUUGGAAUCUGAGAAUGCACAAAAAGAAAGUGACCCACGUGGCCCUGAACCCGUGCUGUGAUUGGUUCCUGGCCACAGCCUCCGUAGAUCAAACAGUGAAAAUCUGGGACCUGCGCCAGGUUAGAGGGAAAUCCAGCUUCCUCUACUCGCUGCUGCACAGGCAUCCCGUCAAUGCAGCUCAUUUCAGUCCCGACGGUGCUCAGCUCCUGACCACUGACCAGAAGAGUGAGAUCCGGGUUUACUCUGCCUCCCAGUGGGACUGCCCCCCAAGCCUGAUCCCACACCCUCAUCGCCACUUCCAGCACCUGACACCCAUCAAGGCAACCUGGCAUCCUCGGUACAACCUCAUUGUCGUGGGCCGAUACCCAGAUCCUAAUUUCAAAAGUUGUACCUCCCAUGAAUUAAGGACGAUCGAUGUGUUUGAUGGAAGCUCAGGAAAGAUGAUGUAUCAGCUGUAUGACCCAGAAUCUUCUGGUAUCAUGUCGGUGAGGCUUGGGCCCUCAAAUAAUAAUGGGAGGAAGCAGGGAUUCACCCUACCUUAUUGGAUCAAAAACGACCAGAAAUUAACCCUCAUGUGCCCUUCUCCCAGUACCUUCAUUCCCUCCUCAUGCUUAUCCCCUUGUCUCUGCAGCUCAAUGAGUUCAAUCCCAUGGGGGACACACUGGCCUCUGUGAUGGGUGAGUGAAUCUCAGGCUGGUAAAGCCCACCCUACUCCCCAAGGUUCAGGGCAGGCUAACCUCAGCUUAGUGCUGCUCCAUUCACCCUAGGGUCGUAGUCAGUAAAGAUGAUGACCAGGGGACAGCGGGCUCUUCGGCCUAGGCCCUCCAUCCCUCUUGCUUUGUCUUGGUCACAGCAGUGCCUGGCUGCUGCCCAGUUUCCUGGUAUCUCCUUACCAAGUCCUAGGUUCCCCACGCCAGCCCCAAGUUUUCGGAGGCUGAUAAUGGAAGGUAAGAGUCAGACUGGUCUCACUCCUCCUAGGUUAUCACAUUCUCAUUUGGAGCCAGGAGGAAGCUGGGAAGCGGAAAUGAAAGACAUUAAUGAAGGUGGGGGCCAAGCAAGGGCUUGGAGCCCCAUGAGAACAAGUUCUGCGAGAAGAGGCGGCUUUGUGUUAAAGGGCCAGAGGUAUCCGAGUCUUAGGGUUGGCGCAGGGGCACUGGGACUGGGACACGGCAUGUGCUGUUCUGGACGUAGCUCCAGAAACUCCAGAGGUGGCGCCCCAGCUGCCCCAAGGGUCCUUGCUAUAUGUAGCCUGGAGCCAAGCUUCUCUUUCUCCUCUCUGACAUGCAGUGGCAGAGGAUC